AUACAGUUAUUUGGUUAUCGAUGUUCUUCAAAAUAUCUUCUGUUGUGUCCUGUAGAAGAAAGAAAGCCAUACAGGUUUGGAAUGACAGUGAAUAAAUGAUAAAGAAUUUAUAUUUUGGGGUAAAGUGUCACUUUUUCUACUGAAAAUUCGUGAAGAAAUAGUUUUAAUAGCUUUUUCUCUAUUUAAAUGUACUAGGCUCCGGUGGCAAGACAACUUGUAUGAAGAAACAAAAGUGUAUAUUGAACAAUUCUCAAAAGGCUCUGGAGCUAUACAGCGCCCCUGAACUGACCUUAGAGGUCACGUCUCGCAUCCAUUCAAACCCUCCGAGUCACAAUGAUGUCCGAAUGAAAACAAAUCUAUCGGAGAUGAUAGAGAACGGUAUCAAUAAAACUGCUAUGAAUGAACAAACACACAACAUACGGAGUGUUUCCAAUCUAAAAGAGAUGCAAUAUCUGCACCACGAGGACAGUCAGAUCGACCCGUUGCUGGAUGUGGAUAAAUCAUCUCUGAUGGGUUUUAUCGGCUCCAGUAAUCUGGAGAGCUCAGAGGACGUUCAGACCCUCCCGUUCAUCCGGGUGGACGUUCGGACGGAUGUUGUGCUGAUCGAUGAGGACGAUGAUGACGUGUCAUUACGGGAGAGGACAGUGACCGAUGUGUCUGCUUCGGACGGGAACGCGGCUGACCUGGUGUGCGGGCGUCUCCAGUCCCUCUCCUCCUGCUCAUCCCAUUCGACAUGUCAAGAGGCGAGUGAAGGGCGGGGCUCUGUCAUGGACACGCCUCAUGAGGCACAGGAACCGCCUACAAAACACAAACACUCAUGUUGCCUCUGUGUCAUUAUUUGAGUGUGCGAAUUGUUUACAGAGGUCUUCAUCUUCACUUUUCUGAAAUGAUGUAUUCCACAUUCCACAACAAAAGUGUGAAACAGGAUGUUUAGCAAGUAAAAUGUUGGGCGGGACCUGAAUGAGAUUGCGGUCAACUGUGGAGGAUAUUCAAAAAACACAGCUGCCACCCUUGACAACAUCCACCAAAAAAUAGAAGUUGGUUUAGUGAUUACAUUUCGGUGAAAAAAACAAAACGAUAAUGUGCUUUGAUAAAUCUACACAGUAAACAGAAUGAAGAGUUCUCACUCGGGAGACAUUUAACUGAAUGUGUCAGAACUGAUGAUGACAGACAGACCACACAGACCGCCAUGUCCUUCAGAAGAGACGUGCUUGACUAACUCAUUCACUGCUAUCAACACACUUCAGCAGGAGGAGGGUCUUUAGGGGGAAAUUUGGAGAAAUGUGUAUCACAAACGUGUGAUAUUUUCAGUUGGCGGGAACAAAGGCAACAGCGAUGACAGUCACACGAGUGAUCUUGUGCUUUCUGAUGAUUCAAGGUGCCAUUAAAGCAGUUGAAGUGGACCCAUUGGAUGUAUGUGCCUCUUGCCAUCGAAACGCAACCUGUGAUGACAAAACCGACGGAUCAGGAAGAAAAGUGUGCAACUGCAUGUAUGGAUUUGUUGGCAACGGGAGAACUUAUUGUCAAGAUAAAGACGAGUGCACGCUGGGCAGAAUCUGUGGAGAACAUACUGUAUGUCAUAACACAUACGGCAGCUAUUACUGUACCUGUCUCACCGGCUACAGCCCGACCAAUCACAUGGCCACGUUCAUACCCAAUGAUGGAACAUACUGCCAUGAUAUAAACGAGUGUAGAGUGGAGGGAAUCUGUGGUGAAGGAUCCCUCUGUCACAACACUGAUGGAGAUUUCACCUGCUCCUGUCACACUGGUUACACCGUCCAGAACGGAACUCAACCAUUUAAUCCACUGCGGGAUAAAGCGUACUGCAAAGUGAUAGACUGUGGAUCUCCUCCAUCAGUCCCUCACGCUGAGCAGAUCUCUCCAACUAUCACCCAUUACACCAGUGAACUCCAGUACAGGUGUGUGGAGGGAUUCCAGUGGAAGAGAGGAACAAAUUCUUCGGUCUGUGGUCUGGACGGACGUUGGGAUGGACCCAGUCUGGUGUGUGAAGAAGUGGAAUGUGGGGAGCCUCGGUUUCUUCCUCAUUCACAAAUGAUUUGGAAUAACAUGUCAGGAAUGGGAUCUGUGGUGCUGUAUGUGUGUGACUCACAGUUUUCUAACAGCGGACGUGAGAACGUGUCAGUAUGUUCUUCUUACGGCACGUGGACGAAUCCUGACUUUCUGUGUGAAGAGAUAAAAUGCGGUUCUCCUCCGGUUCUGCCUCACUCAGUGUUGUUGUGGACCGGUGUCAGUAAAAUCGGUUCUGUGGUUCUGUAUCAAUGUGAAGUAGGAUAUCACAGUUUGGAUUCAGAAAAUAUGUCUGUGUGUAAAAGUGACGGUCGUUGGAGUAAACCAAGAUUUUCUUGUGAAGAGAUUCUUUGUGGAACCCCCCCCACAUGGCCCCACUCUGUACAAAACUGGAACGGCAGAGUAACAUUUAACAGCACCGUAAUAUACCGCUGUGAACACGGUUACUAUGCUAAACACGGAAACAAUAAAUCUAUGUGCGCUGAAUACGGUUCCUGGACAACACCAACUCUGUUGUGUGAAGAGGUGGACUGCGGAGCCCCUCGGUCUCUUCCUUUCUCAGUUAUGAUCUGGAGAGGAGACAGCGCCGUCGGCUCCAGAGUGAUUCAUAAAUGCAUUGAAGGAUUUUAUAAUGUUAGAAAUGAAGAGACAUCAGUCUGUGAUUCCGAGGGAAUCUGGAGUCAGCCGGAUUUUCUCUGUAAAGAAGUAGACUGUGGCUGGCCUCCGCCUCUGCGUCACUCAGCUGUGAUGUGGAAUAACAGCUCCGGUCUGGGUGCUGUUGCUCUCUAUGUGUGUGAAGCUGGAUAUCGGCGUGUUGGCGAAGGAAACGUGUCGGUCUGUAACUCAAAUGCAAAGUGGAGCAAAAUUGACAUGAGAUGUGAAGAGAUAAACUGUGGUGAUCCCCCAGUAUUCCCACUGACAGAUAGAAACCGGAACCAAACAUCUACACUGGGUAGCGUUGUUAAGUACACAUGUAAAAAUGGACUCAAACAGGAGGGAAACAAAAACACCUCGACAUGUUUAUCAGACGGAACAUGGGAAAAAAUAUCCGUAACAUGUACAGCUCACUGUGGCCCGGCACCAGACGUACCUCACACAGAGGUGAUGCAGGACAACAGUACUGUAGUCAUCUAUCGCUGUGUUAAAGGAUAUUACAGCCGCACAGGAAGUGACACAUCAAUGUGUGACAUCAAAGGAAAGUGGCAGGUUGCUACCUUACGCUGCAAAGAGGUGAAGCUGAUCAUUCGUGAUGUGAUGGUGGUUAAUGAAAGAUGUUUACGCUGGUAUGCUGAAAAUGAGGAUCAAAUAGAGACGUACACUGUGACGUAUGUUGGAUUGCGAGACUUUGAUCGAGCGUUCAGCGACAGGAGAAAAAAGCUUUUCAGCUCUUCUGCCCUGCGUCCUGUUCUCUGUUUAAAUCUUCUGCCCGCCACAAACUACACAAUAACUAUCACAGCCCAUACAACACGAGCCACCUCUACAGUUACAGCAAAUACAAGCAUACCAGUCCCCCCCACACCACAGGUCGAGUACAUUGAAGCUGACGGUCCAUUGGCCGCUCUGAGAUUACGGAGAUCGAUCGAUUCACUUGACUCGAUAUGUAUGUUCCAGGUGUUUGUGUUGCCGGUGGAGGGCAGGUUGCUGUUUGACUGCAGCUCUUCGGAUAGUCCACGGUUCUUUGAACAGCAGAGAUGUGACGGUGGAUACGUCACGGCUCAAAUACACCUCAGAGGUCUGGCCGUGGAAAUAAACUUCACUGUAGGGGACCAGCAGCUCUACGAGGACUUCUUCAACGCACCUUUGGAGAACGGAAAGGAUUAUUUUAUUAUUCUGCGCACCGUGUGUCAGUGGGGAAAGUCUAGAACACAGUCUUGUAUAGUCUGGGCCAAAGCCAGAGGAACAUCAUACAUCAUGAAGGUUUCUGCUCUUGUUGCUGUUGGAGUCAUAAGUGUUGUCGGCUCCUUCAUUGUUUUGGGAUACUGGUACAGCUGGUUCCGUAAAUAGUCAAGUUCCAGAUUUUCUCCAGUUUUAUAAAGAAAGUUUUUAAGUCAAUUAAGUUGUUUUGAAAUAAAGCUGAUUUUUUGUAAUACUGA